ACCACGCCCCCUCUACAGCUAACCGAACGGAGAUUGUUUUCCUCUGUCGGGGGAGAUUUUCACUUUACAGCUCACAGCUUGAAUUGUUUAUUUUAUAAAUCACACGUCUCUGAUAAGUUGAUUUUCGCACACCCUUCGCUUCGGUGUCUUUUCCGGCUAGAGUUUUUGUGGCCAUCCUUACACAUAACGGAUUAUCAUAGCAGCAUCAACGAACUUCAGCUUGCUAUUAAGGAGAGGGGUCUCUCAGCUCUCACGAGUAUGAGUUCAUAAUGAAGAGGCGACUGGAGGAUCAGGAAACGGUUUUUGCGUCCCAGCAGAGGCGCCUUGCUGGCAACGCUGAGGCUUUCCAGCAUCGUGUCCUGGCCCCUGCUCCAGCCCCAGCUGUGUAUGAGGCUGUGUCUGAAAACAUGCAGCCCACAGCAGGCGUCCAGUACUCCGUCCCCCAAGGAUACCAGGUUCCCACCGUGGCUCAGAACAGUGGAGGGCAUGGACACACUCCGAGCCCAGCUGUCCACAGCAGUUCCCACCACCACAGUCCUGCAGUCCAAUCGCAUGGACCUUCAGUGAUGUCAGGACAUGGCCAUACAGCUGCUCCUCCAGCCUCUGUGCAGGGUCAGCAGCAGUUCCAGAGGCUCAAGGUGGAAGAUGCUUUGUCUUACUUGGACCAAGUGAAACUGCAGUUUGGCAACCAGCCUCAGGUCUACAAUGACUUUCUGGACAUAAUGAAAGAGUUCAAGUCGCAAAGUAUUGAUACCCCGGGGGUCAUCAGCAGAGUGUCCCAGCUCUUCAAAGGUCACCCUGACCUCAUCAUGGGGUUCAACACCUUCCUGCCUCCUGGCUACAAGAUUGAAGUCCAGACCAAUGACCUGGUUAAUGUGACCACGCCUGGUCAGAUCCACCACAUCACCCCGCAUGGUAUUUCAGUCCAGAACAUCCCCAUAACAGGAGCAGCUACCCAACAUCCACCCCAGCUCCCCUCUGCUGCAACCACCAGCGCUCCCCCACUCCUAACCCAGCCGACACCUGCCAAGAUGAGCAAGCCUCUUCAGCCCCAGGCAAUGACACCAACCAGUCAGAGCAAUCCGUCCAUCCCUGCGUACCCAUCUCCUCGCUCCCCACCCAUGCAGCUCCACCCACCUCUCAGCGGGACACCCACCGGCCCACCCAUGCAGAACAACCAGCCCGUAGAGUUCAACCACGCCAUCAACUACGUCAACAAAAUCAAGAACCGCUUCCAGGGCCAACCUGACAUCUACAAAGCCUUCCUGGAGAUCCUCCACACGUACCAGAAAGAGCAGCGUAAUGCCAAGGAGGCGGGUGGGAACUACACUCCAGCUCUGACGGAGCAGGAGGUGUACGCUCAGGUGGCCAGGCUCUUCAAAAACCAAGAGGAUCUGCUCUCAGAGUUUGGACAGUUCCUCCCUGACGCAAACAGCUCAGUGCUCUUAAAUAAGACCACAGCGGAGAAAGCGGAGUCUGUACGAAACGACCAUGGUGGUACCGCCAAAAAACUGCAGCUCAACAACAAGCAGAGGCCUAAUCAGAAUGGCUGCCAGAUCCGUCGGCAUCCAGCUCCGGGGACCACACCCCCCGUCAAGAAGAAGCCCAAGUUACUGAAUUUGAAGGAUUCCUCAGUGGCAGAGGCCAGUAAACAUGGCGUUGGAACAGAGUCGCUGUUCUUUGAGAAGGUGCGUAAAGCCUUGCGAAGUGCAGAAGCCUAUGACAACUUCCUGCGUUGUCUGGUCAUCUUUAAUCAGGAGGUGAUCUCCAGGGCUGAACUGGUGCAGCUGGUGCUGCCCUUUUUAGGAAAAUUCCCAGAGCUGUUCAAUUGGUUUAAGAACUUCCUGGGAUAUCGGGAAAUGUCCCACAUCGAAACGUACCCUAAGGAACGGGCCACUGAAGGCAUCGCCAUGGAGAUAGAUUAUGCUUCCUGUAAAAGAUUGGGCUCCAGUUACAGAGCCCUCCCCAAAAGUUACCAGCAGCCCAAGUGCACCGGCAGAACUCCACUAUGUAAAGAGGUCUUAAACGACACCUGGGUGUCCUUCCCGUCCUGGUCUGAAGACUCCACGUUCGUCAGCUCCAAGAAAACUCAGUACGAGGAGCAUAUCUACAGAUGUGAGGAUGAACGCUUUGAGCUGGAUGUGGUGUUGGAGACAAACCUAGCUACCAUUAGAGUCCUGGAGACAGUACAGCGAAAAUUGUCCCGCAUGUCCGCAGAGGAGCAGGCUAAGUUCCGCUUGGAUAACACACUGGGAGGAUCCUCUGAAGUCGUGCAUCGCAAGGCCAUCCAGAGGAUAUAUGGGGACAAGGCACCAGACAUCAUCGAUGGCCUGAAGAAAAACCCUGCGGUCUCUGUUCCUAUUGUGUUGAAGAGGUUAAAGACCAAGGAGGAAGAGUGGCGGGAAGCCCAACGAGGCUUUAACAAGAUCUGGAGAGAACAGAACGAGAAGUAUUACCUCAAGUCACUAGACCAUCAAGGCAUCAACUUCAAACAGAAUGACACCAAAGUGCUUCGAUCCAAGUCCCUGCUGAAUGAAAUCGAGAGCAUAUACGAUGAACGCCAAGAGCAAGCGUCUGAGGAGAACGCCUCGCCACCUACAGGUCCACAUCUGACCCUGGCCUACGAGGACAGUCAGAUCCUGGAGGAUGCAGCAGCGCUCAUUAUCCACCACGUCAAAAGACAGACCAGCAUACAGAAGGAGGACAAAUACAAAAUCAAACAGAUCAUUUACCACUUUAUCCCAGACAUGCUGUUUGCUCAGCGUGGUGAGCUCUCUGAUGUAGAGGAGGAGGAAGAAGAAGAGGAGAUGGAGCUAGAAGAAGGUGCUUCCAAAAAGCACAACGGUGUCCCCGGCAGCGGGAGCCCUUCCAAGUCGAAGCUGCUGUUCAGCAACACAGCGGCGCAGAAGCUGCGAGGCUGUGACGAUGCUUAUAAUCUCUUCUACGUCAACAACAACUGGUAUAUCUUUCUGCGUUUGCACCAGACAUUAUGCACACGUCUGCUUCGGCUGUACAGCCAGGCAGAACGCCAGAUCGAAGAGGAGGUCCGAGAGCGAGACUGGGAGAGGGAAGUCCUGGGACUGAAGAAGGAGAAAAAUGACAAUCCAGCCAUCCAGCUGAGAUUGAAGGAGCCCAUGGACAUAGAGGUUGAAGAUUACUACUCCGCCUUCCUGGAGAUGGUGAGGAAUUUGCUGGACGGAAACAUGGAGGCUUCUCAGUAUGAAGAUUCACUGAGGGAAAUGUUCACCAUUCACGCCUACAUCGCUUUUACAAUGGACAAACUCAUCCAGAGCAUCGUCCGGCAGCUCCAGCACAUAGUAAGUGAUGAAAUCUGCGUCCAGGUGACAGACCUGUAUCUGGCAGAAAGCGCUAAUGGGGCUAGCGGAGGAACCGUGUCCACCCAGUCCUCCAGGAGCUCUGUGGAGGCCAUCUACCAGAGAAAAGCUGAGCAUCUCAUGUCUGACGAGAACUGUUUCAAGGUGAUGUUUCUGAGGAACAGAGGCCAGGUGCAGCUCACAGUGGAGCUGCUCGACACAGAAGAGGAAAACUCAGACGAGCCCAUGGAGGCUGAGCGGUGGUCUGAUUAUGUUGGACGUUACUUGAACCCAGAUUCCACCACUCCUGAGCUGAGAGAGCACCUCGCUCGGAAGCCCGUUUUUCUGCCCAGGAAUCUGAGGCGGAUCAGGAAGUAUCAGAAGGGCAGGGAGCAGUUGGACAAAGAGGCCUGUGAAGGUGGAAAGAAGUCCCUGGAGAAAGAGAAAAUGGAAUGCAUGUUCAAGCUCAACUCUUACAAGAUGGUCUACGUUUUUAAGUCUGAGGACUACAUGUACAGACGCACUGCCCUGUUACGAGCACACCAGUCACAUGAGCGGGUGAGCACACGGCUGCACAAACGCUUCCAGGCCUGGGUGGAGGCAUGGGUCAAGGAGCACGUCACCCGCGACAUGAGCGCCGAGACUAACAAGUGGCUGAUGGGCGAAGGGCGAGACGGCUUUUUACCGUGCACCACCAGCCGCCAACCUGAGGUCCUCCACUUCAUGAACAUCAACAAAUACCGCGUCAAAUACAACACAUCCACCAAGGCUCCGUAGCCGAGCUGGAGGCGGGAACAGAAACAGGACAGAGACUCAUUUCUGUUUUCAAAGUCAUACAGGUCAGGAGUAGACAUAGGGACAAGGGCGCGUUCAUGUGUUUUUAAGGCCGACAUGGGAGCACAAUUAAGCUAGCUACCGUGUAUGUUGCACCCGGGGCGGCAGGAUUACCGAUUUUUACCAGCGUUUUUAGCUGGGCCCAUUUUUUCACAGGGCCUUUGGUGCCAAAACUUAGGAAUGGUCAUGUCCCAGUCACGGAGCUGAGCUCACACCAGCACUCAGAGCCACUUCUCAAAAAAACCUCCCUGAGCCUGUAAGGCAGCGCUCAGGGACAUGAACAUUGAGCCUGUGAGAGAAAGAGUGGUGCUUUUUGUACUUAAUCACAUCUGAAGCCAUCAGAGUAAAAAAACUGAUCGAAAUCAAUCACAGGGAUUUCUCUAUGAUAGUGUUAUUUUACAGUAUCCAUGGAAACAAUGUGGUGGACAAGUGCACUUAUUCAGGAAGAGGAAAAUGUUUUAUUAGAAAGUUUUGGAGGGAGCUCGACAAAGUCUGGCACUCGAUAGAUCUGGUUCAGACAUUCCUGCGUUAAGGCCAAAUCACAAAUAUGUAUCUAUCACAAAAUGGAAAAAGAGUUCCUUUUCCAAAACACAUGGCAGCAUUAUUAGAAACUGUGCCUGAGCCCCAGACAGUUUUGUCAGGUUAAGAUCAAAAAGCACUGUCGCAUCUUAUUAGAAAAAAGAAAAACAAAACAAAAAAUAGCCUCACAACACUGUUUGGUCUCAGCCUGUAAAUUGUAUAGCUCGUGAAUGUCAGAUACUGACAUGUAUUCCAGUUUAAGUGUUGUGUAUAUAUAUACAUAUAUAUAUUAUAUAUAGUUCUAUUAACACACAUGAUCCUCGCCGCCCUGGUAGUCAACCUUUUUUAAAUGUUGCUGGCAAACGCCCUCUGCCAAUACACCAGCUUUUACACAUGUGCACACACAUACACACACACACUCACACACACACUCAUCUCAUUCUGGGAGGACUGUCCACAUGCCGUUCACCUUGUAAAUACACUGUAAAUAGUCUCAGACUUUUUAUGACAGAUCUGUGUUGUUGUGCUAGUAAUACUUUCCAAGCUUACUGUGGACUUUAGUGAUAAAUGGCUAAAGUUAGUAUGUAUAUGAAAAAGACAAAUGCAAGACCAUUUAUUACAGUUUUUACCAAAGGGAGUUGAUUAUAAAAAAAAUAGCUGUUUUCCCCCUUUGUGUGUUCCUUUAUGUCUUUUCUUUUUAAUUUCUGUAGUAAAAACGUGGAGAAGUAGAAAUGUAUCCAGGUCUUUCAGUUUUUAUAUAAGAAAAAUAACACUUUUUUUUUCUUUUGAAUGUGACAUUUGGUUUAGUAAAAAAAAGAAAAAGGAAAAAAAAAAAAAUCACUGCCCCCCUUUUGAAACCCAGCACUGUCCGUGGUGCUGGUAGGACUCGUUUCAAUGUUCGGUAAAAAGACUCCACAACGGUCUCACCUUGUGAUGCACGCUCCACUCCCUGGAUAGAUUUCUGCUGCAAACAUCAACCACACCAUAUUUUUGAUAAUGGAAGAAGUCACACAAGCAUGUCUUUAGUCCCUUUAUUUAGACAUUAUUUAAAGUAAUAAUAAAAUGACAUUUGUAGCCUACGUA